CGCCCCCUCCGGGCGGUGUCCCGCAGCGCCGCUCGCAGCUGCGAGGAUGGAGUCGGUGCGGGCGCCGCGGCUACAGCCCGCGGUGGGGACGCUGCGCUCCUCGCUCCGUCCCGGCGUUACCGGGGCCGCUGCUGCCUCAGCUCCCCCCGCUCCCCCCCCGGCCGCGCUGGGGCUCGGGCUGGGGCUGCCGCCCCCGCCGCCCCCGCUGGGGCUGCAGAGCCCCGCGCCGCCGCCGCCGCCGGGCUCGGGGCCGCCCGCCGUGCUGCGAGAGGCCGUGGAGGCCGUGGUGAGGAGCUUCGCCAAACACACGCAGGGCUACGGCCGCGUGAACGUGGUGGAGGCCCUGCAGGAGUUCUGGCAGAUGAAGCAGUCGCGAGGAGCCGACCUCAAGAACGGAGCGCUGGUGGUCUACGAGAUGGUCCCUUCCAACAGCCCCCCGUACGUCUGCUACGUCACUCUGCCGGGAGGGAGCUGCUUCGGCAGUUUCCAGUUCUGUCCCACCAAGGCUGAGGCCCGACGGAGCGCCGCCAAGAUCGCACUGAUGAACUCGGUCUUUAACGAGCAUCCUUCCCGGAGGAUCACGGAUGAGUUCAUUGAGAAGAGUGUUUCUGAGGCAUUGGCAUCUUUCAACGGCAAUCGGGAGGAAGCUGAUAAUCCCAACACCGGGAUCGGUGCGUUUCGCUUCAUGCUGGAAUCCAACAAGGGGAAAUCGAUGCUGGAGUUCCAGGAGCUGAUGACCGUCUUCCAGCUGCUGCACUGGAACGGCAGCCUCAAAGCCAUGCGGGAGAGGCAGUGCUCGCGGCAGGAGGUCCUGGCUCACUACUCCCACCGUGCGCUGGACGAUGAUAUCCGCAACCAGAUGGCCAUGGACUGGGUGAACAGGGAGCAGAGCAGCCCGGGGGCCCUCUCCAGGGAGCUGGCUUCCACCGAGCGCGAGCUGGAUGAGGCCCGCCUGGCCGGGAAGGAGCUACGUUUCCAUAAGGAGAAGAAAGACAUCCUGAUGCUGGCUGCCGGCCAGCUGGGAAGCAUGCACUCCUCCAACUGCUAGACGAGUCCUGCCGCUCCUCCAGGCCUGUAGCACCUCCGCGCUGCCGGGAUCCGGCCCCGACACCCAGCGCGUUCCGUGCCUCGUCCCGAAUUGGGGCCGUUUGCACACUUUAAGCGGUUUUUCUUUUGUUUUAAAGACAACAAGCUCCUCUCGAGGUUUCAAACCUCUCCGUGCUCGCUCCUAGAGCCGCUCCUCAGCCUCCUGCCCGCUCGGGAAUUCCCUGCCGCUUGGUUUAAGGCUGGCGUUGCCAACGUGGCCUCUCCGUGUUGGCCCCAAUGACCUCCCGGCUGCGGGAUUCCGUGAAGCAGUACUUCCAGAAAGAUCCCAUCCCUUGGGAUUGCCGCAUGUCCUGCGGAUCUGCUUUUUUCCCGCUUUCAUAGGCAGGGGGGAAGCCAUGAAACUCUUCCUGAUCAGCAAACACUAAUUAAAACCCACCAACCAGCCCGUGCUUUCCCUCUAACCCGACAGCUGGGAAUAAUCCCAAAGGGAUUUAAAGCCGGGAUUUGGGGCUGCUGCCUGGGAUCGCCCCGCAGCGUUCCCAUCCCGCGUGUUGGGCAGGGUUUGCCGUCGGGUGGCUGGAACCAUUCCGGCUCCACGCUCCUGGAUCGGAUGUGCUUCCUUAAAUCCGGCUGGUACGAAAGGGAUUGGCCAUGGCUGUUUCAUUAUCCCGCAGCCUACGGAGCCUCCUGCUCCCCAUCAUCCCUCGCUGGGUCCUUGCAGCGCUUUGGCGAUGCCGAAUCCCAGCCGGUGCCGGGAGGGAGCAGCCGGUUUUGCUGGAAGCGCAGCCUCGGAGCUGUUUGGCUUCCUCAAUCCGUAGGGAUUCAGGGAAAAUCUUGGAAGCAACUGGAGGUGGAGACACUCUUCCCUCUAGAGCAGCUUCCAAAGCAAACGUAGGCUUGUCCUCUUCAUGGAAGGCUUGAGAAGCCUUGCCGGAGCUUUGGAGCUCGUUAGGGAUAGCAGGGAAACGGCUCGUCUGCUCCCCGGCAGCCUUUGGAAUACAAAUCCGUUAACUCCAACCAUGUUUAAUUCUUCAUUAAAUGCCCUGUGCUUAAUCCCUGGAAGUAAAGCACGGAUCCGGGUGAGCUCGGAGCCAGCCCUCAGCCAGGUGAAGGAUUUCCCCCGGCAGCGGCAUUCCCUCGGGAACAGGGACAGGGAUGAUUCCCGGGGUUUCCGGCAGGGCAGAGGGCUGAGGAGCUCUUCAGGUCAGUGGAUCACAUGGAGCCCAGAGAGCAUCCGGCACCGGAGCGAGGGAAUGGCGUGGCUGCCGGGAAGGAGGAGAGCGGAGCCGGCAGCGCCCAUUCCCAGCGUUUCCUUUCCUUGUAAAUAGCAGCCACGGACCAAACUAUGCACUAUUUUUUACACGAGUAGAUCCCUAUUCCUUGUAUCCGUAUCCAUCCGGAAUCUCUCUUGAUGUUUAGAUUUUAUAAACCCCCUUUUUGGCUUUGAAGCGUUCGUGCAGCUCGUGGCAAUUCCCGCUUUAGCCCGGCGGCGUCUCGGAGGGGACACGGAUCAGGCAGACCUCCGUUCUUCCUUCCUCCUCACAGCUCCAGGCGUCUUCUGGUUCAUUUCCUUGGGCAGAGGCACAAAUCCCUCAGGAUCUGAGCUUUCUACGGGCUGUGGCCUCCUCUCUCCUCUCCUCUC